GGUGGGAAGACAUUCGCUGUCGGACGCAGUCCGUUGACAUUGCAUUGCAGCAGCUAGCUCACGUCUCGGCUGGUUAUCCAACUUGAAGGUUCGGACGGCGUAGGUCGGUUCGGGAGCUGUGGGCCAUGUGGGUCAUGUACCGGCGGCCGCUGCAGUCCGCCGUCAGAACCGUCCUAAAUGUGACCGCGACCAGAACCGCCUGCGGGAAGGUUUUCCAGGGUUCCCAUAUGUCCGUCAGCAGGCCUUUGGCAGUGCGCUUGAUGACAUCCUGUCGCAUGCUGCACCUGAGCACACAGGUCUGUAGCGUGAAGGAGACGCCGCAGCACACAGAGGAGGAAGUGGGAGCCUUCACUAAGCUGAUCGAGGCCAUGGGCUUCACGGGACCCCUCAAGUACAACAAAUGGAAAAUCAAGAUCGCCGCCCUGCGCAUGUACACGUGCUGCGUGGAAAGGAUCAAUUACGAUGACUUCUUCCAGCGGUGCUCACUGCCGGACACGCUCAACUCCUGGUUCCUGAUCGCACAGCUGCACGUGUGGAUGUGUCUGGUGCGGAUGCGGCAGGAAGGCCGAGUGGGAAAGUACAUGUGUCGCUACAUCGUGCAUUCCAUGUGGGAGGACGUGGAGCAGCGCAGUAAGAUCAUGGGGAUUGAUGCCAUCCAUCGGAAGGAGGCGCUCAAAGCCAUGACGGAAACAUUCUACGCUGCCUUGUUUGGAUACGAUGAGGGCAUCCUGUCAGGGGACAGCGUGCUGGCGGCCGCUCUGUGGAGGAACUUAUUCAACUGUCAAUGUGAUGACCCCGCCCAGCUGGAGCUCAUGGUGGAAUACGUGCGCAAACAGAUGCAGUACAUCGACACUCUGGAUGGAGAAGACCUGCUGCUGACCGGAGAAGUCAAGUGGCGCCCUCUUGUGGAGGAGAAUGCUCAGAGCAUCCUAAAGGUGGCCACGCCCACAUACAACGACGCUGGACUGUGACUUCCUGUCUGUCUUUAUGUAACCUGGGAGGAUGUCACGGAUGUUGUGGCUGGCCUGUCGGGUUCGAGAGCCUCUGUUACUUCCUGUCUGCAAAGUGGCUCAUUUAAGGAAAAGGUGUUUUUAUUUUUUACAUGUAGAAAGUAUAUGCACUUCAACCUCUAUGCUGGUCUUGGAUCCAGUUGACUCUGUGGCACUUGCACACUCCCACGGGAAGUCAGACAAUAUGAUGGACGUUGGACUAUCAUAUUGUUUUUCAUAAUACAAUUAAAAUGUAUGAAACAAUGUCUUGUUUUUAUAGCAUCUAACCAACUAAUGUUGCCACAUCCACCACAAUAAGUUGUGUAAACAGUUCAUGCACUAUACGUGUUCUUGUAUUCAUUAACUGUAUGAGGCAGGGCUAGUAAAAAUGAUAAACACCCUACAGACAGAA